AUGGUGACUUCCAGCAACAACGAUUAUGAUUAUUACUAUUCUUCUAGUUCUUCCGAAGAGGAUUCCAAGACUUAUGUAGCCAAAGCUCGAGCCAAGAAGGAUCAUGUUAAGGAAAUGAAACAAAACAUGCCUCUUAACGACCGUAAAGUUACUCAUGAUGAACUCUUGAAGAGAAAAGCCGAGGAUGAGGCGUUAGCUGAUUAUCGACAAAGGAGGGACCGAUUCCAGCGCAGACAGUUAGCAGCUGAGGAGAAACUUCGAUCUUGUACCGACGAUGUAGCUUCGGAUGCUUCGGAAGACGAACCCGUGUGGGUGCCACGGGAGCGCAAAAUUAAGCCACAUCGGCGUACCAGGGAGAUUGAGCGAUUGGUUGAAGCUGACCUCGAAGCUGAGCGUAAAGAAGAAGAGUACUGGGAUAUGAUGUACAGUGAUCCUGAUGAAAGACCAUACUUCCUCGAUGGCCCUAACAGUGACUCUGAGGAAGAACCUGAUGAGGAUUCUUUGAAAGACAACAAUGAUGACGAAUCUGAUAAUUCUGACAAAUAUGACGAUUCCGAUGAAUCUGAUGCAUCUAAUGAUUAG